CAAAUAAUAUGACACAUUGAAGCAAAUGAUAUAUUUGCGGCAAUAAAUUAGAUAUAGAGAAUGAUACAAUAAUUGUUUUAAACUUAUUUGUCUCUGAAGCCAGGUUUUGUUGUAGUGUUUGUUUUAACUUGAAUUAAAAAAAAAAUUUCACAGAUGGAAUGAGUUCGUUGUGAUCUACAAAAUGAUAUCUAUUUUCAAUAUAUUUUGAUAAAAAAUUUCAUACCACCUUUGUUGUUUACUCGAAUUUUGAAAAAAUUUCACAGAAGAAACGAGUUCAUCAUGAUCUAUUGGAUUUACAAAUUUUUAUGAUAAAAAAUAAUAGGACCAUAAUAUACCAUUCAAUACCACCUCGGUACAUGGAUGGUAACUGGUGGUAAACAAUGAUCAAUGUGGUAAAUAACGGUUCGAAUAUUCCUACUAUCAUGUAUUAAACUAUUCUACAAUCCGAUAUGUUCUUACCAUCAUGAUACACUUUUAUACCACGUGGUAUGAACUUAUGUAAGCAUUACCACAAUGGAAUAGAGUAUAGACUGGUAAUAAAUGUCUCAAUUUUUUUUUGUUCCAAUAUUAUUUUAGGGAUUUUUUGUUCCAAAAUAUCUCAAAGUGAAUAUUAUUUUGAAUAUAAAAAUUAAUAAAUGUGAAAAAAACCGAAACAAAAAUAGCCCAUUAAAUUUAUAUGGAAAAAGAUUAGAAACCUUUCAUAAAUAAUGAUGUGACAAUAAUGUUACAUGUUGAAAAUAAAAUUUCAACCUUGUAUACGGAGAUGAAUUAGUGGAUGUUUACGGAAAUGAAUUAGUGGAUAUAUUUUAAUUUCUUAACUAACAUUUCGAAAGACUAAGAAUCCAAAGAUAAUCACAAGGAAAAGAAACAAGCGAUACAUGGGAAAGAGAGAACAAAGUACAUAUUACCAAAGAAUACAACAAAAUCGCACAGCUAAAUAAGUAGUUUAAGUUUUCACUCUUUACAAAGGUGAUGGAGCGAUAAUGUUUGUUGGCUCUGUUGAAACGAUGCCAAGUUUCACAACCUCCACUGUCACUAUAAAUAAAAGAGGAAAAGAUUGAGAACACCAAACAAAAACGGUCAAUAUUUGUGUUAACGGUAAAAAAAAAUUGGUCAAAUAAAUACGUUGCAAAGGAAAGUUAGUGUAGUUGGGUACAUGUAAAAAAAGGAAAAAGAUGGUCACUCAACUUUUCUUUUGUCUAUGUGCGCUUCACUUUUACAAUUUGGAACUCUUUUGGCUUUGGGUUUACAGUAUACUGUUUAUUAUUAGAAUGACAUUUUUGAGUAAAUGAGUUUGAUAUUUCAAGUAUAGAAGAAAAAUAAACAUAGACAUUCAGUUCUAAAAUAUUUAUAUGAUUGUUCUAAAAUAUUCAUUCAAUUGUGGUUGAGUUCACUAUGUACAACAUUCUACUCCCCCGUCUUCCGUUAAGUAGUACCGUGAGGAAAAACGAUGGAUCACGUGCAAUUACUCGUAAUCACAAAUCAUCAAUUAUGUCGUUCCAUAAAAAAACUUGAUAAAAUAUGUCAUACAUACAAUAGCAGACAUUACGCCACAUCUUUCAGGUUGUUGUUAACCACAUGAACUGUGCGUGCUUCAUGAGGGUUUGCGAUUAAACUGCUAACACUAUAUCAAACUCCCACACCUCAAUUAUAUAUACAUAUUCAUGGUAAUCUUGCUACAACCACAAUCGUUUCUCCUACCAAAUUAAUUCAUAGAAUGGUCCCUUUAAUAGCGAUGUGUUUCAUUCUCGUGAUAAGCUAUUUCAUUUACGUUGUGGCGAUUUGGCAAAGUUGCGACCAAUUGAGCAAGAGAACAUUGAUAUGAAACAUAUUUUGUCCAAAUUAAGGGUUAAAAUUAUGGACCGUGUAUACUUUAGAGUGUGCAUAAAAUUCCACGCCCAAUAUUGGUGCCUAUAACCCAAAAGUUAAAAAAAAAAAUCUAUGAGUUAGGUAAAAACCUAGAGCGAAUUCUCAUUGUGUUCAGUUGAAUUCAAGUUCCAUAUUAUACACAUAGAUGAGAGCCUCAACCGUUGAUAUUACUAAUGUAACGAUAAUACUAAUGUAACUAUGUUCAUGGACGCUUGUUGUUUAUGUCAUAACGUAACUAUAACGUACUAGCACAACGAAUGCUUAAAUUUCAAAAUGCCAAAAGCCAAGAAGUUAAAGGUAGUGGAGAAUAGAAAACCUAAACCUCACUGAGCAUAAGAAUAAAGUAUAAAAGUUGGGGGAGCUAAGUCAGGAUUUUUACCAGAACAAUGAUUUUGCAGGACUCGGGUCCAUUUGGACUUUGGAGUCUCUUCCUGUAGUUCCUAUCCUACUGUCAUUCUGUCUCCAUGAAUUUUUUUAAAAGGGCAACAAAAAUGUUAAUUAAAACCAACAGAGAAGGUGGAAAACCUGGAAAAGGAGAGAGAGAGAGAGAGAGAGAAUAAUUAAGAUUUAAGAAGCAACAAGGUCUUUGGGGGCGGGACCCACGGUCUGAAAUCUUUGACAGGAGAGGAACGGCAGUUUCGUUACAUCUCCUCUUUCACUUUCUCUCUCUCUCUCCACCUCUGCUCUGCUCUUCGUUUUUCCUUACCAAUUCUACCCUUUUCCACCAUCCUCUCUGUGUCUCUCUCUGGGAAAAUUUCUUGCAGGUAGAGGAGCAGGAAGAAGGAGAAACACAAUAGUGGGUGUGAACAACAAACAAACCCCCUCUCCUCCUCUCCUAACCCAUUACAAAUUUGGAGAUAUAAGGGAAAAAGUAAGAGAGAUGGUAGCUCUGUGUGCUAAUUGUUCCUGAGUGUGAAUUUGCAAAGCCAAAAGUCUUACGUAUUUCACACUUCUCAUUUCUUUUACUAGUCUAUCUUAAGUUACCCAGACCGCGGACGACGACGAUGAACCCACCAAUCCUCUCUGUCUCUCUGUCUUCCCGCGACUCCACUGCCACAAGUCCACUCUAAGGUCUGCGUGCCCACUCACUACUUGACUGAAAUUUCUCCACUUUUUUUAUACUCUCGUUCUUAUGGUGUGCAUUUGGGUCUUCUUCCGCGUGUUUACUUAUCUGGGUAUCUCUCCAACUUGCAGUGAAACCAUUCUGCGGUAACUGGAAUCUGGGGUCCAGAGAAUUCUCGGGGAAGCAACUUUUGAUCAGAAUAGGGUUCUCGUCCCAUUACCGUAGCUUAAGCUCAACAGGGUUUAUAUAAACUUUCUUCCUGGUGCAGCAGAUCUGGUGGUAUUCCGGAUUUUCAUGGGAGCUUCCAUGGUUUUCUUGUUGUUAGUAGUUUAAGGAUUUCGCUGGGUGUCGAUUACUGAUUAGUAGCCUCUUCUCCCUCAUUUUUUGUGGGGGGGAAUUGGAAUGGAGGAAGUUGAGGAGGCCAACAGGGAAGCUAUAGAGAGCUGCAAUAGGGUUUUGAAUUUGCUAUCCCAGCCCCAAGAUCAAGUCCACUACAGGAAUUUGAUGGUGGAAACUGGGGAUGCCGUGUUUAAGUUCAAGAAAGUCGUUUCUCUUCUCAAUACUGGUUUAGGUCAUGCUAGGGUCCGGAAAGUCAAGCCAUUCCCUACUGCUGCUUUGUCCAAUAACAACAUUUUCUUGGAUAAUCCAAUUCAUCGACCCGCAGAUCAGUCGCCACUGACUUCCAAGGGUCGCCAGUUUCUACAAUCCAGUGGCUACCUUGAAACCCAUCAUCCCAUUCAAGAAAUGGGUUCAACAGCUAAGACAGCCUUGUGCUUGGGAAACCCUUCUUUGGAGUUGAGCUCCAAUGGGAAAACCCCACUCAAUGUGGCUCAACAAACAGCAUCUGCACAUUAUCACUUCCUUCAGCAGCAGCAGCAACAGCAGCUACAAAGGCUGCAACUCCAACAGCGGCAGCAGCAAAUGAAGCAGCAGGCUGAAAUGAUGUUUAGAAGGAGUAAUAUUGGGAUUAACCUGAAUUUCGAUAGUUCUAGCUGCACUCCUACCAUGUCUUCCACUAGAUCUUUCAUGUCUUCCUUGAGCAUAGAUGGUAGUGUAGCUAACAUGGAAGGUAGUGCAUCAUUCCAUUUGACUGGUGCACCCCGGUCUUCAGACCAGAGCUCGCAGCAGCAGCAUCACAAGAGGAAGUGUUCUGCUAGGGGUGAAGAUGGAAGUGUGAAAUGUGGAAGCAGUGGCAGGUGCCAUUGUUCCAAGAAGAGGAAACAUAGGGUGAAGAGGUCCAUCAAGGUACCUGCAAUUAGCAACAAGCUUGCAGAUAUUCCCCCUGACGAUUAUUCGUGGAGAAAGUAUGGGCAGAAGCCAAUAAAGGGCUCUCCUCAUCCUAGGGGAUACUACAAGUGCAGCAGCAUGAGAGGUUGUCCAGCGAGAAAGCACGUCGAGAGAUGCCUGGAAGAACCAUCGAUGCUCAUUGUUACGUACGAAGGCGAACAUAACCACCCUAGGGUGCAAUCACAAUCCGCAAAUACAUAAGAGGGAAUGAAUCACAAGGAGCAUAACUUAUGGGAAACGGUUACAUAAUUCGGCUUGGUCCAUGCCGCGGCCUGGUGAUGGUCAGCAGGGAAGUUUUCCUUGUUUGUUUUGGGAGGGAGGGGCUGGCUGUUUGGAGAAUUGGUCUCUCCUACUAGCAUUGCGUGUUUAGAUCCGAAUUCACCGGCUGCAACCUUGGCCGUCUUGUGAAGCUAGGAAAUGAAAGCAGAUAGAUCGAUCAUGGGGUCUCGAAACUGUAAGGAAGUCAUUUUUCUUUCCAUCCUUAUGUCAUCUUCUAUUAUCAGAGUUGUUCAAAACAGUUGGCCGGAACGAUUGAUUGAGGGCUUCUUGUGAUAUCGCUUGCUAGUGAAAGUAUUGAUUAGUGACGUUAAGUCAUGGUUCAUGGAGAUCAAUCUCAGUCAGAAACGCAUGGGGAUUCAUUCUAUUGCACUAUAUUCUUUUCGCAGCACAGCAUAGGCCAGAGUGUAAUAUUAUUCAGUAAACGUCAGUUGUUCACCAUCACAGUUGGUUGAAGAUGGAUGAAAAUGGUGGACUCAAAAAACGUCAGUUGUUCAGUAAGAGUCGAGGUGAUUUUAAAUGGGAAUUGGAGGGUGGAAUUCACCAUCACAGUUGGUUGAAGUUUUGUUCUGCGUUGGGCUGGUUUGUUGCCAUGCCACCAUUGUUCAUGUAUUGGAGAGCAAUGGCACAUAGAAAUAACUAGCUUAUACCCGGCCCGUUGGCCGGAUUACUAUAUGUCACCCACUUGUGGAAUGGGAGAGAAAGCAAGUGAGAGUGAAGGGAUUGGGAUUCCACUUGAUUAGGAUCGACCCACUAAUCCGAUUCUUCCCGACCCGCCCAAACCUAAAGGGUCAGAAAGAGUCAAUAAGAAAAUACGAACGGAGAGGAUUAGUCAUAUAUCUUGACUCUUCAGAAGUGUGACAGGAUCAAGGUUGGGUGAGGGCAAUUUUUAGCGCUAAGCAGAGUUUUGGGUUGAAUAACUUUACUUAGGCCUAGAAAUUAAUGCUGAUGCAGACUGCAGUUUUUAUUAUACCAUCAUCAAUCAUCAUUGAAUUAGUCCUGGGCAUCCCUCCCCGUUGUUGGUAUGAAUUCUAAUGAUGGCUUCAUUCCUUGCACCAGCCAUAUAAGCGAGUUGUCAUCUCGAGCAUGAUUUGCCUAUGUACAAAUGAUACAAUUAGACUAUGAAACUGAAUUCAAAGAAAAGGAAAAGAGAAUUCUAUCACAUGCCAAUAAAUACACACAUAAUAGUUGAAGCUAAGUGAAAGUCAUUACUCGCACAUCAAUUCUAAAAAAUUACAGACUAAACAAUGGCUAGAAUGGCAAUGAAACUACCAAGAAUCAUGGACGAAACAACUUGUCAAAUUAAAUAAUCCUUAUACUGAAACUACCUUCUAACUUGAAAUAAGACAUGAUCACAGUUCAUAGCUCUCUUCUCACUAUGAAUUGGUUGCAGCUUGUCUUUAUCACUGCCUCCCAAGCUCAAUUCAAACAGAAUAGAGACUGUUAUGUAAGAUAACCAUAUCCUUACUGAUCAUAAUUCCUUUCUUCACUCCAAUUUUGUCGGAGAAAAGAGUUAUCCCCCCUCUCCUGCAUUUCCCUUUCCCCCUCUCUUCUCCCUCUUCUUCACAAACCGAUCCCUAAACCAGCAACAACAACACAAAAAUAGCCUUCGCCUCUGCCAUCUCCAUCUACUGAACGCGUUGGUGGCAAGACAGGACUGCAGAAGCAAAAUUUUCUAAAAUCAAACUAAAUUUUUUGAAGGAGACUCAACCACGAAAAAAGAGUAAAGCAACAAUGCUAAUAGUUCAGAUGGUUGGUUUUGAUGUUAUAUGUUGCUUUUGUUCUGGUCUCCAGUAUAUCAACUGCAAUAGAGAUGUUUCCUCCAAUCAUCUUUAGUGCACGGUUUAGAAGCAAGUCCUCCUAUUUGUGUCAAACGGAAACAUUCAUGGGUUCUUAACUCCCCUGUUAGUGUAAAUGCAGCAACAGCAAAGAAGUUUGACAACACAGCAAGCACCCAGGCAAAAUGAUACAAUGCAGUAUGUGAUAUGUGUCUCGAAGGUUUUGAGUUACUAAAGUUCAUGUUAAAAAUAAACAUUAAUUAAAAUGGAUUAUUCUAUUAAGCAAACAUCCCCUCUAAUCAUACAAAGAUCAGAUAUCCAAUUCACAAACAAUUAAGCCAUAAAAAAUCAUCACACAUCCACCACCUUUGAUUGCCUAAAUUUGGGUUUUCGCAAAGUUAUGGACUCUUAAGGGUAACGUUCAUGGGUAGUCUGUUUCAUAACUCUAGAGAGCACAGUAAGCAGCCACCAGCCAGACACAGUGCGGUAGGCGAAUAUGAUUCUCAAUUCACAAUUUCUCACCACCGGAAAGAACAUACCAUAAUAAGCGUAGCGUUCAUGGAUGGUCUGUUUAAUAGCACUACUACACAAUUUGUUAAAAAAGAAAGAAAGGUAUUUAGCAUCAUGACGGAACAACUUUUACAGGCCAACAACGACAACAUGCUGCAACCACCAGAACUGGUAUCACAACUCAUAGGGAAAAUCAAAGAUUUACUCUCAAACUAAGUAGUUACAACAUCGAGCAAUCGUCAAGCACAUACACCAUCACAAAAGUCACGGAACCUGAUUCGUAAAGCAUUCAAACAUUUGAGGACAUUUCUGCAAAGGUACAACUUAUAUGUCUUUUUUCCAAGACAUUUCCAUCAAUAUGCUAAUAAAUUUGCAAUGCAUAAAAUAAACGGGCCAAAACUUGAAAUUCAGCCUGUUUGACCGACCCAUGCCAAAUCCUAAUUAUUCUUUAAUUUUAAACUUUCUAUUUGAAAAUAAAAAAUAGUGAAAGAAAAGAGAUGACUGCAAUUCGCCAUUUGCACAUCACUUAUUCGGGAAUAAAACCAUAGAAAUUCA